AUCGACUCUAAUGUCAUUACCUUACCACAGUCCAAUACGCCGAUAGAUUAUUAAAAUAACAGCAAAACAAAUCAUAAAGAUACAAUUGCAUGUGCAAGGCCGUGUAUGAAUUGGCGGCGGGAUGAUUUGCAAAUUGUGAGUUGCAGUCCCAUAGAAACAGCGGUGCUGUUCGUCGAGUCGUUGUGGGCGACUUUACUGCCAGGUGGAGGCGAUCUCGCUCCUCCUCAACCCUUUAACGGCCGGAGCUGAGCUGCGUGUACACGCUGCUCCGUGAGAUCAUUACCAGACAUUGCUACGGGACCUGACAUUCGCCGAUCGAACUGGAGCGAGCAAACACCCUGCCUGAUCCGAUGCAACCGGCGAGGGAGAAACGAUCUAAUUCCACCCUCUUUCAGUCGGGCAACUCAAUCUUUUCUAUUGACAGGAGAAACCGCGUUCACACCACCGGUGUUUCCCGUCGCAUCCAGGGCUCUAGUCGGAUACAAUCUACGUUUCGUCGGGUUGUUUUGACUGCAGUAAAACGGCUUGGUCUAACGCUCCCCUGAGUAACGGAUUUGCGAGGGAUCUCAACACUAUGCAGCUCCCCGAGUGACCAGCGACCGUGCAAGAAGACAGAAAACACAGAGAAAUUCUUCCGUUCUCCAAAAACGCAAGUCUUGUCAGCAAGGGCGAGAAAAGAUCGUAGCGUUAGGAAUCGGACAUAAGUGGCAAGUUUACAACUGGAUUUUUUUUUUCUGUGACUGCCUUUGCUCUUUUAUUAUCAGAUCGGCUGCAAAUCCUAUUUUCGCUAUUUUUUUCAAAGCACUGUUGACGCCAUUUUCCUCGGGGUUUUCUGUCAAAAAGCCUCAACGUCUGACAGCUCCCCAUGAGGCUGUCAUUUCACCCCUCGGCUGUCUAAAUGUGUGUCCAAGGAUUCUGAAUUAUCUUGAUAAAAUAUUUACGCGGUAGACCUGCGUGUGGGAAAACGUUAGACAUGGAUUGUCGUUGGCUUAUCUGUGCAUCUGCUGGAGAACCGGACCAGCCUCAGUAACUGAACUUCAAACUACAAACAGACUACUGUGUUCCAACUUCCUAUUGGCUGGCUGCCACAACUCCCCCCUUCCCGAUUGGCUCUGGCAGGAGUGUGGAUGGAGCCUAGGGAUCUGGUUGGCUUGGCCCGACCCAAAGAGGCGGAGUUACAGGGAAGUCGGGCAGGGCCAAAUGAAGAGGACCAAGGAGGAGCGGGAAGCCUGGGUUUGCCCCUCGCCGAUCAUGUGAUCAAUAAUACCAUCAGCGAGCGCUGGGGAGCACCUGGUGAGGGGGAGGGGCUAGAGGAGCAGGGGGAGGGGCUUCUGGAGGAGCAGGAGUUCUCCAUCAAGGAGGCCAGUUUCCAGGAAGGGAGUCUCAAGCUGAAAAUUCAGACCACCAAACGCACCAAGAAGCCCCCCAAGAGCCUGGAGAACUACAUCUGCCCCCCGGAGAUCAGAAUGACCAUCCGACCCCCUGGAGGAGAGGGCCGGGGGGCCCGCCAGGGCCGGACAGGGGCAGGAGCCGGACGGGGGUCCAAGGAUGACGGCCCCCCAAGGAAAAGGACAUACGAGCGACAGUUCCGGAUGCCAGAGCAGCAGAGAGAGGGGGGGCUGCUUCAGCUCCUGGGAGACCACCCUCCUCCUCCUCCUCCCCCCCCCAAACACCAGCCUCGCGGGCCCCCGCCGCACGCGCACGCCCUCCCGCACGCCGCGCCGCCGCAAACCCAGCACCCGCUCCCGCAACAUUCCCAGCAUGCUUUGGCACACCAACACACGCUCGUCCCGGAGUGGAGCGCCCCGUCUCCGGCGGGGUCGCCCCCCCCGGGCCACUCCAUGGACCCCGAGCACCUGAGCGGCCUCCUGUCAGCCGGCAGGGCGGGCCCCAUGAUGGACCAGAGCUCCCUGUUCUCACCGACGUCGGGGCAAAGUCCCUCGCCUCAAAGGUCGUUGACGCCAGACCUGCCGUUGCCCGUGGUGACCGACGCCAGUAUUCUCAACCUGACCUCGCUCAGCAGGGGGAGGGGUGUUGGCGUCCACGAGGUCAGCGAGCAGGUAUUUGGCAACGUCAAGAGGAAGUACGGCAAGAAGGACUCCCAGAGGACUGUGGGUAAUCCCUAUCAGAAUGAAACAAAUUGGACAAGGCAACCAGAGAGAGGCAUGGAGAGUUCCAGUGUGCCAGAGGCCAGGCAGAAAUACGGCCAAGGCGAGGCCGCCGAACAUGAAGGAAGGGAGGAGAGGAGGAAAGAGGAGAGGGAGCGGGGGCCUGCCAGGAGAAGAGGAGAGGAGGAAGAGCGAGGGAUGCUUGUGCUGUCCGACGAGGGCAAAGGGAGGAAGAGGCGGCGGAGGAGGUCCUUCGACGAGUCGUACUCUGUGGAGGACGAAUCGGAGCAGCCGCCGGACUUUGACAUCCCGGAGAAGACCCAGCUGGGGCCAUCAGAAGCCAAAGUAGCGCACAAGACGGAUGCUCACAGACAUGAAUCUCGAUUUGGCAGCCAGGCCGAGGUGCAGGGGGAGAGGCCAGAGAAAGGAGAAAGAGAUAAAUUCGAGAAGAGGGACAAGGGGGAUGAGGCGGACUCCUUGUCGAGUAUGAAUAAGGCGAAAAAGAAUCCAGUGGGUCGUCCCAAAAUCAGCACAGACCCCCACAAACACAGAGAGGUUCAUAAUCAUCAUACCACCAGCCCGUUUCUCACCAUGAAUCAUCAGAUGCCAAGUCCACACUCCAUGCCUAGCCCUAGAUCAAACUUCAGCCCUAGCCCUAGGUCAAACUUCAGCCCUAGCCCUAGGUCAAACAUCAGCCCUAGCCCUAGUCCUAACCCCAGGCCGAGAGCUAACCUUAGCCCAGGUCCCAGUCCUAGUCCUAACCCUCGACCCAGAGCUAACCUUAGCCCAGGUCCUAGCCCUAGUCCUAACCCUAGGCCUAGAGCAAACCUUAGCCCGGGUCCCAGCCCUAGUCCCAACCCUAAACCUAGAGCUAAUCUCAGCCCAAGCCCAAGCCCCAAUCCUAGACCUAAAGCUAACCAUAGCCCUGGUCCUAGCCCCAGCCCUAAUCCUAGGGCUAAAGCUAGCCUUAGCCCCAGCCCUAGCUUUGUGCUUAACCCUAGACCCAAAACUACCCAUAGCCCGAGUCCCAGUCCCAGCCCCAGUCCAAACCCUAGACCAAGAGCUAACCUUAGCCCCAGUCCUAGUCCUAACCCUAGACUGAGGGCUAACCUUAGCCCCAGUCUGAGCCCUAGAUCCAUGUCGGCCAUGAGUCCAAUCCCCAGCCCCAGUGCCAGCUCCAGAUCCAGCCCCUGCUCAAAACCAACCAAGACAAAGGACAGAUGGUCGUACCUGAAGGCCAGAAGCCCCUCUAGUCUCCCGCCACCUCAGAGAGACCACCGCAGCCCUCUGUCCAGCAUGGCGGAGCCCCCUUCCGCCUUCCCCAUCACCCCCUCCAGCCCUCUGUACACCAACACCGACAGCCUGACCGUCCUCACGCCCGUCAAGAGGAAACGGGGAAGGCCCAAGAAGCAGCCCCUGCUCACCGUGGAGACCAUCCACGAGGGGACCUCCUCCUCCCCUCCGAGCCCCCUGUCACAGGACACCCUGGCAGGCCUGAACCGCCGGAGGAAGACCCACACACUCGCCGCCCUCGCCCAGCUCACCUCGUCCGGCAGCGGGGUCAAUUCCAACGGCCUGAAGCUGAAGCGAGGCCGGGGACCCGCGAGGCCUGUGAGCAAGCUGAAGCUGGGCAAGGUGCAGAGCAUCCUGAACGAGAUCCUGUCAGGCUCCGGUCAGAACGGCGGCCUGUCUCUGAAGUCAUCCUCCGCCCCCGUCACCUCGGCCAUGAGCGUCGUGGCGUCGACCAUCGAGGCCCGGCUGGGCACUCAGAUCAACGUCAGCAAGCGGGGAACCAUCUACAUCGGGAAGAAGAGGGGGAGAAAACCCAGGGCCGAAACACAGGGCUCCAGCCAUCCCAGAGCCACGAGGGACAUGGCCUCAAUGCCGUCCAGCCUCUACGAGAGCCUCCUAGUGCCUUCCACAUCCUGCUCUCCCAGCUCCAGCGUCGCCUCUCUGAGAGCCAGCCACUCUGACGCCACCAUGCCCAGCCUGCAGCCCAUCUCAGCCUUGCCCUCCAAGCCAAUAGGACGGAGCUUCCUCUCUGGAGGCUGGAAGCUCUCUCCGCCCCGUCUCCUAGCCAACUCGCCAUCCCAUCUGUCAGAGGUCGCCUCAGUGAAGGAGGUGACCCUGUCACCCAUCAGCGAGUCUCACAGCGAGGAGACGAUUCCCAGCGAUAGCGGCAUAGGAACGGACAACAACAGCACCUCGGAUCAAACCGAGAAGGGGCCGGCUUCACGACGCAGGUACUCUUUCGAUCUGUGUGGGUAUGAGGCCGCGGAGGCUGCAGCCCUGGAAGCGUCCAGCAGAGGCAGCAGAGCGCGUUGUGAACGACAAGUAGCCGCUGACAACUUCCUAUCGCAGCAGGAGAAGAAGCAGAAGCACCACCGGCGCAAGAGAAAGUGCCUGCAGAGCAGAGACCAUAUGCACUUUCUCUCUGAACUCGAAGAGGUGGUGGCCAAGUUCCAGCAGCUACGCAUAUCUCACCGGCGCUUCAACUGCUACCCCCAGCACCCGUACCCCUCAAUAUUCCGGCUGAACUUCCACCAUUACUACCCCCUCAGCUACAACUCCUACCCCUGUGAUUCCGGCCAGUACCUCCGCAGGAGCGCCGAUCUCAAGGCCAAGAGGAGGCGGGGCCGGCCGGCCAAAGCCAGCGAGCCAAUCCCAUCCAAGCUGCCUUUGGUCCAGGGCUACGGCUACCCGCUGGCGGGGGGGAACUACUAUGCAGCACCCUACGCCAUGCCUUACGCACCGCCCCUGAGUCUGGGCUACUUCCCCCCCGCGCCCCAGCUCUACCUGCCCCACCACUCGCUAGGACCCAGCCCCCCGUCCCCCUUCAUGAGACCGGCCGUGCCCCCUCCCAAGGUUUUCCACUCGGCGGGACAUUCCAAGCUCCAGGCGGCGGCCAAGCUCCGAGGGUCCAGCGGCCCGUUGCAGGGCUCCUCCGGGCGGGGAGAGGGCCUGGGAUCCCUGGGCGGUGGCGGCGGCGGCGGCGGCGGCGGCGGUGGCGGCGGCGGAGGCGGCGGCGGCGGCGGCGGCGGCCUGGGUGGAGUCCGCCUUCACAAGAGGAAGCACAAACACAAACAUAAGCACAAGGACGAGCCCAUCCUGUCCCCCCGCGACCGGCAGGACCUGGGCGGCCUCUUCAGCGGCGCCAAGACCAACGCACGCCUCAGCAUGAUGAGCAACCGGCGGGAGAUGGCCGGGGGCCAGGGAUCGAACAAGAGGCCCGAGAAGCAGAGGGGCGGCAUCCGGGUCUCGAGCCUGGGCUCCCGGCUGGGGAUGUUUGAGUCGGACCACCUGUCCUCCUCUCGCUCUCUGGGCGACGGGUCCUUCCGCUCCCACCAGUCCGGCCCGCCGGCGAACAGCUUCAUGGGGGGCUACGGGGGCCAGCAGCAGCAGCAGCAGCAGAGGCCGGAGCUGGGCGCAGACCUCUUCAUGAGGUCCAGGGAGGACGAGUGCAGAGACGGGACCAGGAAGAGGGGACUAGCGGUGUUUGGGGAGCAGGGGGUGAUGUCGUUCCAGAACGCCAGGCAGGAGUCGGGACAGAUGAACCAGUGCUCCGGACUUCCUCUCACUGGCGUGCCGGGGAAGCGGCGCUACAAGCGGCGGGAGGUGGAGCAGAUCCAGAAGGAGGUGAGGAGGAUGUCCUCGCUCUCCAACGUCCUCCACUCGCAGAGGAACUUCGAGCACGUGCAGAAGAUCCUGCGCGUCAAGCGUCUGCAGCGGCAGGCCAAGACGGGCAACAACGUGGUGAAGAGGCGGCCCGGGAGGCCCCGGAAACAGCCCCUGCCCGAGCCGCAGGGCUACCCCGCGGGUCUGAGGGCCCCCGGCGAGGGGCCCCUGGGGAGGACUCUGGGGAUGCCCGUCCUGGAGAGGUGUGUGGACCUGCCGGGGAGACUGGGCCAGUACGCCGGCCGCGACUCGGUCUCCGUGGCCAUCGAGUCGGUGGUGCACGAGUCCCGCCCGGCGCCGUCCAAGCGGCGAGGCCGAGCCAGUCGGCGGGACGAGCUCUGGGAUCCCUCCAGCCAAUAGGACUGUAGCUGGGCGGGGCUCCGUGGCCAAUCACAGGGCAGGACACAGAAGGGGGGGGGGUCGGUUUGUGUUUGUUGAGAAAACCCUAGCACACCCAGUGUCCUUAACGCUCUCCUCAGUGCACUUUGGCUCGGCUUGGCUCCCGGUUGAGGACCGAGGCGGCUCAGCGAGGAGCAGGAGGAGGAGGAAGAGGAGGAGGAGGAGGAGGAGGAGGUGGCCACGCCCGCAGUGACACUCGAGUUCCGCUGCUAUCUUCUGCUCUUGAGGACUCCUCCAGAAUCCACAUAACAUGGCACUAUACGGUACUUUUUGAUUGAAAAGAAAAAAACGAUGCUAUAAACGCAUGAGGUACUUAUGGCGGUGUGAGAUACUCGUGCAGCGACGCGUACGGUACACGGCGUCACUGUGUGUGAGCGUGGCGGCGUCGGUCCACGUCUUUUACCAGCAGGGGUGGGAGGGGGAAAGGGUUAACACGAUACUGUGCAGCUCGGCUUACUGUAUUGUUGCCUUUUUCUGAGGAAAAACGUUUCAAAAGGAAAUCUGGGAUAGUGCGAUCAGGGAAAAAAAAAAGGUGAGUCAGCCACCUCCCCCUGUGUCCAGCCGCCCGCGUGUUUGCUAGAGCUUACAUCUGUCCUGGUGGGCCUGUCACACCCCCACCUCCCGGUUCCCCACCCACCCGAGCAAUCCCCCCCCCACCCCCACCCCACCCCCCGCAUUCUUGCCCAGUUCACCCCUUCUCUCUGUGUUACUUUUUCCACAAACUUAUUAGCAAUUACCAAAUGUGAUUCUCCUCCCUCAGCUUUUGCUAGCUCCGUUAGCGCGCCCCACUCCCCCACUCCCCUCCCCCCCCCCCCCCCCCCCCCCAGUUGACCAUAGGGUGUGUAGGGCGGGUGGGUGACUGUCCCAGACUGUACAUAAAAACAAAGUCCACUGUUCCCUUGCCUUGUUCUGUGGGAAGCUAGCUCUCAGUGCGUUGAUGGUUAUCUCUCUGACACAGAGUGGUUGGACCUUGGCUCAGACAACAAGAAGAGUAUUAUUUCAUGACCAAAAACACAGGGGCGACUCAAGACAAGUUUGCUUCUUUUUUUUUGUUGAAAAAAAAACUAACCGAUCCAUUUAUUAAUGUCUUCAUUCAUUCGUCGUUCAUUCAUUCAUCGAUAAGCUCAAUGAUGUGUUUAUUUCCAGGGGGCAUUGCAUGCAAGGAUUAUCAGGCAUAUCGUUGGUAAACCUUUUGACUGGUUUAAUGCACUAUGAAAAAAAAACGUACACUUACAUCAAUCAAAUGCAGCACUUACAUGCUUGUUUCAGCCUUAUUUCUUGGCCCUCCAUUACGGGGGGUAUACAUUAAUUUAAUCAAUUUGUAUAUGCAGGCUACGCAGCCAAAAGCGUUAAACCUAAGCCCAAAUCGAAAUUAACAUUGGAAAGUUAAGAUGAAGACGGCUCAUGUAUUCAGUGUUCUGGACAGUUGGCAUCCUGUGACUCUUACUCAUUGGAGCGACUGCUGUUGUCUGGGAAAGAUCUUGUUCAUGGAAAAAACUCAAACUUAAGUAUUUGCAUUCAAAACCAAAGUCUGAAAUCGUGUUUAAGUAUGUAUUACCUAACGCGGUGUUAAAAAAACAAAGUUUGACAAACUCACCUACCCGUUGGCAAAAAGAAAGAACCACCCUGUUAGCGUUGUAGAAUGUACUAAGCUUGGAUUUUGUAUGCCGAUAUGCAAGGUUGUGGGCCGGGCUUCACACAGUAUCUGCAGCCUCGGAAAGCGCCGGUACAUAAUAUACCUUCACACAUACGCGUCAAGUAUUUCAGAAACUAAGCAAUGGGUCAGUAUUUCUCUAAAGGAACUGUGUGUAGUCGUGGCUGAAGUAUCGACACCUUCUGUGUUGCAGCAGUUCUAAUUGUGCCUUAUGUUUUCUUUCUCUCCUCCCAUUACAUUUCACCCAGAGAGAGUCUGGCGACGUGCCCCGUCACCUCAGUAUGUGGGGAUGUCUCGGUCGCCAGGCUCCCGGGGACCGACUGUGUGUCCCUUUCCCGGCCACCAAUGAAAGGCAGCGCCCCCUCUCUUCGACGGAAGGGGGCGGGCGUCUGUCUCUCGGUGUCCUGGCGGGCCGCUAGUUGUCUGACAGGUUUCACCCAGGUGUCACUAUGAAGACAGAGCUGUUGACAAUGAUGUGGCGCUGGGCCAGUCGGCAGGGCCUCUCUGUAUAAAAUACUCAUCAUGUACAGGCUUAACAUUAACCAUAGGGUUCUUAAAGAAACCGGGCGCGAAGUGUCUAGAGAGGCUGAAGGAAUAAAUGAACAGAGCAAGCCCCCAAAGUGUCCACGUGUCCACUCUGUUUGAAAUAUUGACAAACUAUUCCUUAUGUACAAAUAUAUAUAUAUCACCAGCUCUGCCCAGUAUUUUACCAGUUUCAGAGGAGGUUGUCAUGGCAACCUUGCUGUCUUACACUGUUGUUUGCUAUGCAUCAGGCCAAUGCCUGGCAAUGACCCUAAAAAGGAAUUUCUCUUCUGGGUCCACCUUUCAACAAAGACAAAUAAGUGGUCUUAUUUACUGAAUAAAAAUGAAAUGAUGUAACAAGAGUUGUGAAUAAUACCAGUAAUAACUUGUAAUAAGUUGUGCAGAAAGUGACUAUCAGUUCAUAGAAAACUAUAGUGACUGCAGCCUGAUGCAGUACAGCCUUAAUCAGUAUUGAAGUGUUGUUGUAAAUAGUGUUAGUACGUCCAUUCUGCCUGCAUGCAUACCGGUUCACUCCCCAGUUCAGUUACCCAGUAGGACCAUCACACUCUGAGAAAACCACGCCCAAAUAGUGUCAUGAAUACGUUCACAAGUGAUCCUGCGAAAAAGCUUCCAAACUCGGAUUUGGGAGUCAUUGUUCCCUUUAAAUCGGGAACUCUAAACGUUGGUUAAACACGAAAAGGUCAAUUUGCCUUAUCACGAUAUAUAUAAAAGUCGACGGGUUAGUGCUUAAUUCACGGCGUGACUGGAGACCAGUGUUAUCUCUCUUCAGUCAGUGGCUUCGCUGCAGCAGUCUGGGCAAGCAGAAAAAAACAAACAUGAGCAGAUGAGAUGUAGUCAGAGGACAUGGCCAAAAAUACACUUGUCCUUCCGUCGAGAGUAGGUGUUAACCUUGCCUCGCAAUAGAUGGCUUCCCUUUGUCUGGUGCAGUCUGUUGUGGUCUAGAAGCUUGGUUUGUGAGUCUAUGGGUAUCUCAAGCCCCCAAACUGUGGCCACUUCAUGGUCUCUUGAUGCUAAAGGUGAACUCUCAACAGCAUUCCCCGUCUCUCUCUCUCUCUCUCUCUCUCUCUCUCUCUCUCUCUCUCUCUCACUCUCUCCCUCUCCUCUCUCUCUCUCUCUCUCUCUCUCUCUCUCUCUCUCUCUCUCUCUCUGCCAGUCUCCGUCUGCUUCUAACAGCCAAUGAUCCGGUGCCUUUUCAAACACUGACUAGUAUUGUCCUGUUUCCCCGCUCUUUUUCGUCGCUCCAGGCCGGUGGAAGGCGGCUGCAGGCCGUGUUUUGUCUCUACGGAUAUGUUGAGAGAUCCAGUAGCUCGGCUUCCCUGAGUCACUGAUUUAUAGCCCCCCAGUCCUCCCCCAACACACCCACACAAACGCUCGCUCUCUCGCUCCAGACCGCUGGAGAAACGAUUCUCGCUCAAUCCGUCGUUAGGGGCGAAUUGACUGGUGUCUAGAUUUAUCUGUCAGGCGACCCGCUCCACUAUGACCGUUGACGGUUAGACUCAAAGGGCACCAAGGUUGUGAAAUCCAUCUUCCUGCGAGUGGCGCGCUACUUUGAGUGUCCUCCGGUUCCACAGGCAAGUGAGAUUUUAAUGUAACGCAAGAGCUUCAUCAGUGUACAUGUAGUCAUUCUCAUACAUAAACGUUACUUUCUAAGCUAUAAUGUCGUUCAAAAAGCUGAAAAUAUGCGGAUGAACAUUGAGAAAACCAAUGAAAUGUACUUUUCAAGAGCACAAAGUGAGCUCUUUUAAACAGUGUGGGCAUAUUGUUAGUUUGUAUACAUAGUGUAUUUGAACCUUUUUCUAGAGUGGGGUUUCACUUUAUUUGCAUGCUCACCAUGAUUGUAUCAUAAAAUAUUUUAGGACAAGCUGAAAAGUUCAAUUUCAAGUCAAUUUGGAGCAGACUUGUACAUUGUUUGAUAUGUUUUCUUUUGUAUUAAAUUUUUUAAUUCAUGAAGCAGUUUUUGUACAUUGUAUGAAUAUAAAAAUGCAAAUAUUUGACAUUUGACAUAUAGAGUAAAUACUUAGAUGUGCAUGCAUAUGCAUAUAUCCUUCACGGUGUGUAUGUGUAAAUGUACACAUAUAUUUGUAUUCGCAUUUGCUUGCAUACAGAUAUAUGUCUUAAGCACAUAUACAUACAAACAUAUAUGUAUAUUCAUGUCCGCUGGCAUGCUUUUGAUCAUGUUUAUCUUUCAUGAUCUUGUAGGAUUCUUUUGUUUUUGUUUGUUUUGUUUUGUUUUGUUUUUGUUUUUACUCCUCCGAAAGAAAAAGCUCGUUCUUUUGCUACCAUUUUUGUUGGCCGGCAGCAUUGAGCACUUACUAAGAAGAAUUACAGUUGAACUUGUUCAUGUUACCCAUUGUGUGAAAUAAUAAAUGACCUUAUUGAAA